AUGUUGUCGACCUCGUCGUCAACAACACGGAGAAAAGAAGGCAGGGACGAGAGUGAGGGCCCGAUUUCUGACGUUGCAUGGAUGUAUCAGCCCGUUCCUACAAACUAUGCAGGCAAAAGCUCACCGAGUAAGGCAUCAGUCUCGAUCAACCUCAACCCACAUUCAACGACACUGCCUGGCCCAUUUCCUGCUAAUCUGCCAACAAGCUCAUUCAAGAAUCUACUGUAUAUAGCGCUAUGGUAUCUGUUUAGUACGUCGCUGAGUCUUUAUAACAAGACGCUCCUAGGGAAGGAUCAAUAUAAUUUCAACCUCCCAUUGCUCAUGUGUUCCAUACACACCGGAAUGCAAUUUCUCUUUUGCUCUGCUGUGGUGAAGGGGAGUGUCCCACUGUUUUGUAUAGAGGGGUUUAAGACGAGCUUUAAUAAGCUGGAUGAUCCGUUGCCGACGAAUACGGUUACAGCGAGGCAUUAUUUGGUUUUUGUUAUCCCAACUGCUCUUGCUGGUGCACUAGAUAUUUGUAUGAGCAAUGCGUCUUUGCAUUACGUGUCGUUGCCAUUCUACGUGAUGAUAAAAUCAUCGGUGCCCGUCUUUGUACUCCUGUUUGCCUUCCUGUUUGGUCUUGAAAAGAUCACAACUUCUCUCAUCGCAGUGAUAUUCGUGAUUGUAUUUGGCGUAUCGCUAACAAUAGUCGGCGAAGUGCACUUUGACAUGUUUGGCUUCCUGUUAAUCAGCGCCGCAACCAUAUUCUCUGGAUUACGGUGGGCCCUGACACAAAUCAUGCUGCAGACGACCGAUAUAGGUGUCGAUUCACCGAUACAUACUCUGUAUUAUAUAUCGCCGAUAAUGGCUGUUGUUAUCGGGUGUGCCAGUAUUAUUGGAGAAGUGGCUACGGGCAUGGUUGGCAGCAGUGGGUUCUUCAGUGGGAUUGGACGCGGUGCGGAGACUUGUGGGCUGCUGUUUGGUGGUGGUGUGCUGGCGCUGUGCAUGACACUGGUGGAACUAGUGCUGCUACAAAAGACCAGUGUAGUAACGUUGAGCGUUGCUGGUAUCGCUAAAGAGGUAUUCGUGAUUGCUAUUGCCGAGUUUGUCUUUGGAGACAUGCUGAAUUUUAUCCAGUAUCUUGGUGUUGGGAUCAGCAUUAUUGGUAUCGCCGCAUAUAACUACCUGAGACUAAGUGCUGGACACGGACACGGGCAUGGUCACUCACGGACGAUAACGGUAGCUUCGAGACCUACCAGGAAGAUCGUUUCAGUGAGAAAAGACGCGUCGUAA